GGUGACGCCUUCCUCUUCCAUUCUUUUAGCCCCAACCUUGAAAAAGAUGAAGCAGCCCUGCACACUGGUUGUCCUGUGCUCAAGGGUGUCAAGUGGACUGGCACCAUAUGGAUCCACACUGUGCCCUUCAGACCUGGGAGCUUUGCUCGCCCUGACCCCAAUGCCCCGCCGCCUCCUGAUCCUGGCCACUGUGUGGAUCUGCGUGACGAGUGUGCCAAGUGGGCAGAACGUGGCGAGUGCGAAAAGAACGUCCAAUACAUGGCUGGAAACCAAGACGGCGCCGGACACUGCCGUGCUUCUUGCAGCGCCUGCGAGGUGUGCAAAGACGUGGACAGGGCUUGCUACAAUAGGAACAGAGAGGCCGCGGGCUACCUCGUGCUCGAUGAGCGUGAGGCAAGCCCUGGGUACAGGAGCCCCGUGGUGUAG